CCGGCCCCGGGAAAAGCGGCCGCGGGCGCCGCCGCUCGCUGUGGGGCGGGAGGACGCUGCCGAGAGGGAGCGCGGCGGCGGGCGGACGAGAUGCGAGCGCGGCGACUCUGGGCCGCGGUGCUGAUGGUGGGGGCGCUGGCGGGCGUCGGUGUCGGAGGGCCCAACAUCUGUGCCACACGAGGUGUGAGCUCCUGCCAGCAAUGUCUGGCUGUGAAUCCCAUGUGUGCCUGGUGUUCAGAUGAGGCGCUGUCUCCAGGUUCGCCCCGCUGUAACCUGAAGGAGAACCUGCUAAAGGAUAACUGCGCCCCAGAGUCCAUCGAGUUUCCGAUCAGCGAGGCCAGAAUCCUGGAGGCCAGGCCCCUCAGUGACAAGGGCACUGGAGACAGCUCCCAGAUUACCCAAGUCAGCCCCCAGAGGAUUGCCCUCCGCCUCCGGCCAGAUGAUUCGAAGAUUUUCUCCGUCCAAGUUCGGCAGGUGGAAGAUUACCCUGUGGACAUCUACUACUUAAUGGACUUGUCUUACUCCAUGAAGGAUGACCUGCGGAACAUCCAGACCCUGGGUACCAAGCUGGCCUCCCAGAUGCGUAAGCUCACCAGUAACCUGCGGAUUGGCUUCGGGGCCUUUGUGGACAAGCCCGUGUCACCAUACAUGUAUAUUUCUCCACCAGAGGCCAUCAGAAACCCUUGCUAUGAUAUGAAGGCUACCUGUUUGCCCAUGUUUGGCUACAAACACGUGCUGACACUAACUGACCAGGUGACCCGCUUCAAUGAGGAGGUGAAGAAGCAGAGUGUGUCACGGAACCGAGAUGCCCCAGAGGGUGGUUUUGAUGCCAUCAUGCAGGCUACCGUCUGUGAUGAGAAGAUUGGCUGGAGGAAUGAUGCCUCCCACUUGCUGGUGUUUACCACUGAUGCCAAGACCCAUAUAGCGCUGGAUGGAAGGCUGGCAGGCAUCGUCCAGCCCAAUGAUGGGCAGUGUCAUGUGGGCAGUGACAACCAUUAUUCUGCCUCCACCACCAUGGAUUAUCCCUCCUUGGGGCUGAUGACUGAGAAGCUAUCCCAGAAAAACAUCAAUUUGAUUUUUGCAGUGACUGAAAGUGUAGUCAAUCUUUACCAGAACUAUAGUGAGCUCAUCCCAGGGACCACAGUGGGGGUUCUGUCUACUGAUUCCAGCAAUGUUCUCCAGCUCAUUGUGGAUGCUUAUGGGAAAAUCCGCUCUAAAGUAGAGCUGGAAGUGCGUGACCUCCCUGAGGAGCUGUCCUUAUCCUUCAACGCCACAUGUCUCAACAACGAAGUCAUCCCAGGGCUGAAGUCUUGUGUCGGACUCAAGAUUGGAGACACGGUGAGCUUCAGCAUUGAGGCCAAAGUGCGUGGCUGCCCCCAGAAGAAGGAGAAGUCCUUCACCAUCAAGCCUGUGGGCUUCAAAGACAGCCUCACCGUGCAGGUCACUUUCGACUGUGACUGUGCCUGCCAGGCCGAGGCUGAGCCUCAUAGCCCCCGCUGCAACAAUGGCAAUGGGACCUUUGAGUGUGGGGUGUGCCGCUGUGGGCCUGGCUGGUUGGGGUCCCAGUGCGAGUGCUCGGAAGAGGACUACCGCCCCUCGCAGCAGGACGAGUGCAGCCCCCGGGAGGGCCAGCCCAUCUGCAGCCAGCGGGGCGAGUGUCUCUGUGGCCAGUGCGUCUGCCACAGCAGUGACUUUGGCAAGAUCACGGGCAAGUACUGCGAGUGUGACGACUUCUCCUGUGUCCGCUACAAGGGGGAGAUGUGCUCAGGCCAUGGCCAGUGCAGCUGCGGGGACUGCCUAUGUGACUCCGACUGGACCGGCUACUACUGCAACUGUACCACGCGCACGGACACCUGCAUGUCCAGCAACGGGUUGCUGUGCAGCGGGCGGGGCAAGUGUGAGUGCGGCAGCUGUGUCUGCAUCCAGCCCGGCUCCUACGGGGACACCUGUGAGAAGUGUCCCACCUGCCCCGAUGCCUGCACCUUUAAGAAGGAGUGUGUGGAAUGUAAGAAGUUUAACCGGGGAACCCUCAACGAGGAAAAUACCUGCAACCGUUAUUGUCGUGAUGAGAUUGAGCCUGUGAAGGAACUUAAGGACACUGGCAAGGAUGCUGUGAAUUGUACCUACAAGAAUGAGGAUGACUGUGUCGUCAGAUUCCAGUACUAUGAAGACUCCAGUGGAAAGUCCAUUUUGUAUGUGGUAGAAGAGCCAGAGUGUCCCAAGGGCCCUGACAUCCUGGUGGUCUUGCUGUCCGUGAUGGGGGCCAUUCUGCUCAUCGGCCUUGCGACUCUGCUCAUCUGGAAGCUUCUCAUCACCAUCCAUGACCGGAAGGAGUUUGCUAAAUUUGAAGAAGAGAGAGCCAGAGCCAAAUGGGACACUGCCAACAACCCACUGUAUAAAGAGGCCACGUCCACCUUCACCAACAUCACCUACCGGGGCACUUAAAGAGCAGUCAUCCCAGGAUCACUCUUGGACUGUGCCCAGGAUCACAGAUGUCUCUGCUUGUCAUGUUUACAGGGGGCAACACCUGUGGGGCGGGAUUGAGGGCUUGGAGUGGGGUGGGCUGGAAGAAUGUGGGUCUGUGUGUGUGUGUGUGUGUGUGUGAUACGUGUAGGGGGAGUGUAUAAUUUAAAACCUGUGUCCCAGAUGAGCGAAGCUCCUCAGUCUUUGUCCUCAGAAUGCCUCCUUCCUUCAGGGAGUUUUCCUGCUUAACCUGAGGGUGACCUACAUCGCUGAGCAGGUGUUCUUUAUUACCUCAGUGGGCGGCCAACUUUCCUUCUCAGGACAGUCUCUUGGAGAGGAGGGCAGGGCCAAGGACUCUGUUCCAGAGAGAAGGGACCUUGGUUUACCUUGUAUUUCUGGUUCUCGGGCCUGACUCACAGCAGCUCUGGUGGGAGCUGCUGGGCUUUGAGGCCUUGUUGCGUCAUUCGAGCCUCUGUCUCUUGUCCCUUCCCUCAGGCUGAGGGAGACAUUAGGGGAAAGCUGAACCAUCAGGCCUGCCUGUCUUUGCCGUCACCUCAACCCAGCAUAGUUCUCUACUAAGGGAAGUCCUUGCUGUCUAGUCUUCGAUCUACUGGGAGAUAGGCUGGCGCUGGGGAGUGGGGGGACAUGCAGGACCUGGGGUUAAGGUGCCUGGGCUCCCCCAUUCAUGAUCAUAACCCUUCAGAUUUGCCUUAUUGGCAGCUCCUUCCUAGAGAUUCCUUUAGAAGUUGUGUGUCACCCUUAGCCAGCAUCACCUCUUUGGCUCCCAUCCCAUCCUUUCACUGCUAUAGACAUUUCUUAUGUACUGGGAGGGGCUUCCCAGGUGGCUCAGUGGGUAAGGAAUCCGCCUGGAAUGCAGAAGGCGUGGGUUCGAUCCCUGGGUCAGGAAGAUCCCUUGGAGGAGGGCAUGGCAAUCCACUCCAGUAUUCUUGCCUGGAGAAUCCCAUGGACAGAGGAGCCUGGUGGGCUACAGUCCACGGGGUCGUGGAGUCAGACACGACUGAAGUGACCAAGCAUGCACGCUCGCACAUAUACUGAGAAUUUCUCUCAUGACCAAAGGCUUUGCCUUCCAGGGAGAGUGCUAUGGUUAGAGUCAGAGGUCUGGCCUCACCCUUCAGGCCUUCUGUCCCAUGUUCAAGGCACCUCCACACACCCAAUUCUGUGCUUCUAUGUGCUACACCCACCCAUGGGGCUGAUUGCAUUUAUCUACCUCUUGGGUGUCUUGUGAAGGAAUCAUUCCCAUGGGACUCUGAGUCUGCUGGGCGUAAGUGCCAGGGUGGAAGGAUGGGCCAGGUGAAUCAGCAUGUGUGGGCCAUCUUCCUGUGGGCUGGGCAACCUCAUUUGAACUCAGUCUUUAAUUUGAGAGGCCACAAGUGGAAUUUUGUUUUUCUCAUUGGGACACCUGAUAUCAGGAUGAGGCUUGCUGAAUCUAAAGGAGCAUAUAUAUAAACACACUUGCAUUAUAUUUGUAAUUUCAUUUGAUGAUGAGGAAGAAAAGGAUGAAAAGCCACACUGACUUGAGCUGGGUGCAGACACGCCCACUUGGCAUCAUUCAUAAGAAGUCGCUACCCUUUGCUGGGUCUCUAAGGGCUCUCUCAUUCUGGGAGCUUGCAGGGUUGGACACAUGGACACGCUGGACCUCUCCCAAGGAGGAGGAGGAAAAUGGGCUGUGCUUUUUUUUUUUUUUCCCUAGCAUAAGCAGUUGCUCCAUUGGUGUUUACAUUUAUUCAACAUUAAUCACCACCACCACUCCCUGAGAAAAAGGGAAGGGCCUAUAAAAACAGGGGUCUGAUGAU